CAUCUGUGUCAUCAGAUCACUUCCAGCUUCAGCAGUAAUCAGAUCAGCAGCAUCCCUGCCGUCCUCUCUCUUUGGAGAUUCUCGAACGUUGAUCAACACUAGUCGACAUGGUUGCCAAGGUUAUCGCCAUCUUCGUCCUCGCCCUCGCCGCCGUCAGCAGCCACGCCGCCUCUGAAGUCGCCAAGUCGGAGAAGAGCGCUGACGGCCGCCUCUUCUUCCUCGGCACCACCGACCAGAGCGUCACCAUCAGCACGUCGACCCUGACCACGCUGGGGCUCAUCGUCAUCGCCGGCAUCCUGCUGGCUCUGGUCCUCACGAGCCUCGGCGUGGCCAAGGAAGGAGAUGUCGCCACUGCUACAGGAUACGCAGAGACCGCUGAUGACUAUUCAGUAUCUGGUUCCUCGUCUUACGCCGUCCAGAGAUCCCUGGAGGAGGCUGAGAAGAAAUAUCGCUAAAAGGCGCCUUCGCCACAUCUGAAUGCCCCAGGAUUAAAAGAAGAGCAACUUUUCCUAUGCAUUUUAGACAGCUAUCAUGCAGCUGACAGCUUCCAAAAAUUCAAAUCAGAUGCGUAUAUAUUCAUGAUGCCAUCCCAACCACCCCCCCCCCCCCAAAAAAAAAAAAAAAUCAUUGACUUUUCAGGCCAUAAACUUACCCCUUUGGAAAAAUCAGUCUGAAUAGACUUCGUUCAUUGACUGUCCUGGUUAUGACUCAUCCUCACGAGAAGCCAAUCAAAAUCAAGUCCCAGCCGUGACGCUCUUCUUUUGUCUUAGAUGCUUACUGACCAACUCUUAUGAUCAUGCCAAAUGUUAUUAUUUAUUUAUUGUUUAAUAUUUCGUUAUGUUAAUAAAAUAUUGAUUAUGCU